AUGAUCGCCACUUUAGGGCCAAACAUGAAGGAAAACUUUGAGCUGCCUGAGUACUUUGAGAAGCACAGGGCUGUUCUUAAAGACACUAUUAAGGAAUGUGUCGAUAUACACGCUGAGAAAGCAUCCACAGGAACCCUCGACAGCAAGUUCGGUGGGUGCCCAUAUUUUCCAAAGGGAAUGGCAUACCCUCUGAACCAAGAAGGAAACCCCUUGAAGCUGCUAGCACAGAUUAAUUUCGAGCAGGUCCCACGACUGAACAACUAUCCAGAGAAAGGCAUUCUCCAGUUCUUCUUAGAUCCAUGCGACGAACUCUACGGGUGCUCCUUUGAUGAAAAUACAGAACAGAAAAACUUCCGCAUCAUUUACCAUGAAGAGAUUGAAACGGACGAGUCCAAACUUCUGUCCGAUUUCUCAUUUGUGAAAGUCGAAGAGGAAAUGUUCCCCAUCGAGUCGGAGGCCAAGCUCAUCUUCACCAAAGGCACCCAGAUCAUGCCAGCGGGGGACUUCCGUUUCGAUUCACUAAUAGGCGCUGAUGAUAAAUACGAGCAUUACGCUGAGCUCGAGCGGUACUACGAGUUGUACGGCUCUCUUUCCCACAAAAUUGGCGGUUAUCCAGGAUUUACUCAGUUCGACCCCAGAGAGCACUAUCAUAAAGAUCGGACUGAGUUGUUACUACAAGUUGACUCGGACGAUGCUAUUGAUAUUAUAUGGGGUGACUGCGGGGUGGCCAACUUCUUCAUCUCGGAGGAAGACCUCAAGAACAAAGACUUCAGCAAAGUUUUGUACAAUUGGGACUGCUCUUGA